GAAGAAAGUAGCCCACUUUUAGGGUUGCGUUUAGCAUGCUGUUGCACUGAAUGCCCAGCUAACUUGGGUGAAGCGCGACCUUUCGCGACGAUACUGACUAACCGGUGACUGCACUAGCGCUUCCGCUUUCGCUGUCUGUGAGGUGUUACUCGCGUUUCCUCCAUCGAUUCUGACUAGAACUUGGCUGCUCGUUCGCCGCCCAGUCCUUCAUUUCAGAAGGCUAUCUUGGAGUGCCUAUUUCCGCAACGGGCGUUUUUAUUUAACUUAUUAUUUUUUAUCCGACAAUAGGACUCCUUGAGUUGCGCACAGCAGAGCUCAGAAUAUAACUAACUUACAAGAGGCCUAGACUGGCGUCUUUUCCACAUCCCACUAGUGUACCAUCCACGACUCGUACAAGAGCGUUUUUUUCCCCUCGGCUCGUUGGCGGCUCCGUCAAUGGAGGGACUUCACGAUUGCGAAUGCGGUUAUUAGCACGCUAACUAGGACUCGUUCGCAGAUUAACGAUUGGGGGCGACCCGGCGGACGAAAUGGCGAAUAAUAAUUCCGGCCACCACCAGCGGUGGGUGCGGCGGCAGCUGCAGCAGCACAUGCCGCGCCUCUUUCCGCUCAUAGAGGAAGCGCUAGCCGCCUCCGCGCCCAACGCGCAGCAAUUUGUACAGGAGCCGAGCGUGGAUGUGCUUAUAACGGAUGAGAACACCGCGUAUGACGUGGAGGAUCUCGUUGCUGACCUGGCAUCACGAGGCGUGCCUGGAGCGCAGGAGGUGGAGGCAGCAGUGCAGGAGAGCGGCAUGGAGGCGGAGGCAGAAGCGGUGGUGGAUUUCUUUGAGGUGCUCAUGGGGGUGCUGGACGAGCACCUGGAGAACAGGCUUGGGAGUAAGGGGGGGCAGGACGAGGAAGGAAGUGAGGAGGAAUUUGAUGAGGAGGAAAUGAGGGAUGAGGAGUUGAGUGAGGAGGAGGGAGAAGGGGAGUUUCGUUACGAAGACGAGGAGGAACGGUCGGGAGAGGAUGAUGAUGUAUUGGAUGAUGAUAGGGAGGGGAGUGAGGAGGUUUCAGAUGAGGAGAAAAUGAGGGAUGAGGAGUUGAGUGAGGAAGGAAUGAGUGAGGAGGGAGUGAGAGAUGCGGAGGUGUUAAGUGAGGAGGAGUUGAGUGAGGAGGAGAUGAGGGAUGAGGAGGAAAUGAGUGAGGAGGGAGUGAGUGAGGAGGAAUACGGUCAUGAUAGGCAAGGGAGCGAGGAGGAGGGAAUGAAUAGAAGCGGCAGUUUUGGCGGCAGUUUUGGCGGCAGUUUUGAGGAGGAGGAGGAGGAUGACGACAGCGAUGGCCGGUCAGAGGACGAGGGGACAGCAUACGAGCAAGAGGAGUUUGCAGCAGGCAGACGGGGCGAGCAUGGGCACGGGGAUGGGGAUUCGGAGGAGGGCGCGGACUUGGAAGGGGACGGGGAUUCAGAAGGGGGCGAGCGUGGGGAUGAGGCGGAGGAACAGGGUGGGGAUGGGGAGGUGGAGGAAGAGUAUGCGAGUGUUGGGAGUCCCCGCAGCAGUGAGGGGAGUAGCCGUGACAGUGGCAGCCACAGCCGCAGUGGCAGUGGCAGGAGCAGGGGCAGCGGCAGUGGGAGUGGGAGUGAUGAUGGUGGCGGUAGUGUUGGUGGUAGUUCUCAUGGCGGUGAUCUGCAGGAAGGUGAUGCUGAUUAUAGUGAUGAUGACGAUGAUGAUGAUGAUGAUGACGAUGAUGUUCCCAUGGCUCGGCCUGGUGGCAUGGAGGGGCAAGGCGACUGGUCGCAUGGGGAGGAUGAGGAGUCACAUGGGGAUGAGGAGUCGCAUGGGGAUGAGGAGUCGCAUGGGGAUGAGGAGUCGCAUGGGGAUGAGGAGUCGCAUGGGGAUGAGCAUGAAUUGUAUGGAGACGAACAGGAAUCACAUGGGGAUGAGGAGGAGUCGCAUGGGGAGGAGCAUGAGCUGUAUGGCGAUGACCAGGGGUCGCAUGGGGAGGAUGAGGAGUCGCAUGGGGAUGAGGAGGAGUUACAUGGAGAUGAGCGCGAAUUGUACGGUGAUGACCAUGGGUCACAUGAGGAUGAUGAGUCACAUGGGGAGGAUGAUGAGUCACAUGGGGAGGAUGAUGAGUCACAUGGAGAGGAGCGUGAGCUGUAUGGGGAUGACCAUGGGUCAGAUGAGGAUGAGGAGUCGCAUGACGAUGGCUAUACCUUGCAUCAAGAUGAUUUUGCACAUGAGCAUGGGCAAGAGGAGCCGUUUGCAUCUGGCCCUGUGUCUGAGUCUGGUUCAGAGUCUGUCUCUGCAUCGGAUGUAGAGUCGCAAGACAGGGGAUCGGAACACGAUCUGGGCUCGGAGCAAGAUGGUGAUGAGCAUGCGCUCGAGCAACCGUUUGCAUCCGGCCCUGUGUCUGGGUCUGUGUCUGGGUCUGUGUCUGGGUCAGAUAUGGAGUCACACGACAGGGGAUCGGAACAUGGCAUGGGCUCGGAGCAAGAUAUGGGAUUAGAGGAAGGGAUGGGUUCGGCGGAUGAAGAGAUGAGAUCGGAACAAGACAUGGGAUCGGAGCGCGAAAUGGGGUUGGAGCAGGAUACAGGGUCAGAGCAAGAAAUGGGGUCAGAGAGCGAUAGGGGGUCGGAAGAGGAUGCAGGAUCGGAAGAGGAUACGGGUUCGGAACAAGACGUGGGGUCAGAGCACGAUGUCGGAUCGGAACAAGGUAUGGGUUCGGAACAAGAUAGGGGGUCGGAGGAUGAUGCAGGAUCGGACGAGGACACACAAUCGGAGCAAGAAACAGGGUCAGAGCACGACAUGGGAUCAGGGCACGACAUGGGGUCAGAGCAUGACAUGGGGUCAGAGCAUGACAUGGGGUCAGAGCAUGACAUGGGGUCAGAGCAUGAUUCAGGAUCGGAACAAGACAUGUUUCCGGAGCAGGACUUGGGUUCGGAGCAGAAUGGCGGUUCGGAGCGGGAUGGUGGCUCGGACGAAGACUUAGGUUCAGAGCGGGAAUUGGGGUCGGAGCAAGAGUCGGAUGACGAGGUGGUGGUGGCAGCAGCACUGAGGGCAGACAGGGAACAUGCUGCUGGGAUGGACGUGGGGGAAGAGGAGGACGAGGAGGAAGAGGACUUAGAGUCAGACGUAGAACUGGAUCCUGAGCAAGAAUCAGGGUCCGAGCAAGAGUCGGAUGAUGAUGAUGUGAUGGUGGCAGCAGCAGUGAGGGCAGACAGCCAUGGCUAUGCGGAUGGGAUGGACGAGGAGGAAAAGGACUUAGCGUCAGGGCGAGGUUUGGAUCCCGAGCAAGAAACGGGGUCGGAGCAAGAGUCGGAUGACGAGGUAGUGGUGGCAGCAGCAGUGAGGGGAGUCAGGGAUGACUAUGCUGUUGGGAUGGAAGUGGGGGAAGAGGAGGACGAGGAGGAAGAGUCCGAGCAAGAGUCAGAUGAUGAUGUAGUGGUGGUAGCAGCAGCACUGAGGGUAGACAGCCACGGCUAUGUGGAUGGGGGGAUGGAGAUGGGAGAGGAGUUGGAGGCAGAGGAGGAGGAAAGGUACUUCAGGAACGAGGGGGAAUGGCCGUUGGAGCCCGGGCGAUUUGAGCAGCCACAGCAAGAAAGGCAUAGGGCUGCCUCCCGCUCCCGCUCUCCGUCCAUCCCCACCUCUUCUGCCUCUUCCGCCUCUUCCUCCGCUUCCUCAUCUGAUGACGGCUCUGUCCCUGUGGCUUCUCAGUUCGCGCCCUCCUCUCUCCCCCCCGCCGCCAGUAAUGAGACGACUUCGCCUCAAAAGUCGUCUUUUGAGGCGCCUCAAAACUCUGCCUCCGCUUCCUCUGCUUCCUCCGCUUCCUCAUCUGACGGCGACUCUGUUCCUGUGGCUUCUCACAUUGCGUCCUCCCCUCUCCCCCCUGCCACUGCCGCCGCGCCCUCACAAGCCGUUUUUAAGUCCCCACAACGAGAGCCGGUUACUCAGUUUACGUCCUCGUUUCCCCUGGUUACUGCCGCACCCUCAUUAGAAGCCCCUUACAGAGAGGAGACAGCAGUUGGGAGCUCCCAAGGGCAGUUGGGAGAAGCAAACGGGGCUGUGGGGCAGUUGGGGGGAGAAGAGGCAGGCGAUGGGGGCGUGGAGCAGAUUAGAGACGCUGCAGGCACGGAUACUGAGGAGGAGCGGUUGAGAGAAGCGACAGGGAGUGGUGGACUUUCUGGUGCAGCAGCAGCGGCAGCAACAGCAGCAGCAGCAGCAGCAGCAGCAGAAGAAGAAGAAGAAGAAGAAGAAGAAGAAGAAGAAGAAGAAGAAGAAGAAGAAGAAGAAGAAGAAGAAGAAGAAGAAGAAGAAGCAACAGCAGCAGUGGCGCGGAGUGAUGUUGAUGACGAUGAUGAUGAUAAUGAUGAUGAUAAUGAUAAUGAUAAUGAUGUGGUAGUGGCAGCAGCAGCAGUGGAGAAAGCAAGUAGUGGAGAGUCAGGAGAGGAAGAGGAGGGGAGGAAGGGGUCAGAGGGGUCUGGAGGACACGAGUCGCAUGAUGAUGAGGUGUCAGAGCAGGACGGGUCAGAAGACGAGGGAGGAUCGCAGCAUGAAGGAUCGAAAGAUGGGUCAGACGACGAGGAUGAUGAAGAUGUGAGACACAUGGUGGGGGAAGAGAAGCGAGGAGAGGAGUGGGAUGGGGAAGACUUGGGUAGUGAUGAUGGAAGGGAGGUUGCGAGAGGCAGAGAAGAAGGGGUUUAUGGAGAUGAGGAUGGGCGCUCGGAUAGAGCGAAGGGUUUGGAGUAUGAGAGGGAUGAGGUGGGGAGUGAGGAAGACGAGGAGUAUGAGAACAGGGAAGAGGAGAGGAGGGAGGAGGAGAGCAGGGAGGAUGAGGAAGAGGAGGAGGAAGAGGAGGAGGAAGAGGAGAAAGAGGAGGAAGAGGAAGACGUACCAGUGCUUCUGUCUGCUGGAGGAGAGAGUGUGGAUGGAGAAGAGGAUAUGUAUGGAGAUGACAAGGAAGGGCUGUUGAGAGAUGAAACGGGGCAUGUGGGAGAUGAAACGGGCGAGUUUGGGGAUGAAACGGGUGAGUUUGGGGAUGAAACGAGGGAGUUUGGGGAUGAAACGAGGGAGUUUGGGGAAGAAACGGGGGAGUUUGGAGAUGAAACGAGGGAGUCUGGAGAUGAAACGGGGGAGUUUGGAGAUGAAACGAGGGAGUCUGGAGAUGAAACGGGGAAGUUUGGAGAUGAAACGAGGGAGUCUGGAGAUGAAACGGGGGAGUUUGGAGAUGAAACGAGGGAGUCUGGAGAUGAAACGGGGGAGUUUGGAGAUGAAACGAGGGAGUCUGAAGAUGAAAGGAGUGAGCUGGGAGAUGAAAGGAGGGCGUUUGGAGAUGAAACGAGGGAGUUUCGGGAUGAAACCGGGGAGUUUGGAGAUGAAACGAGGGAGUCUGGAGAUGAAACGCAGGAGUUCGGAGAUGAAACGAGGGAGUUUGGAGAUGAAACGGGGGAGUUUGGAGAUGAAACGAGGGAGUCUAGAGAUGAAAGGAGUGAGCUGGGAGAUGAAAGGAGGGAGUUUGGAGAUGAAAUGAGGGAGUUUCGGGAUGAAACUGGGGAGCUUGGAGAUGAAUCGAAGGAGUUUGGAGAUGAAACGAGGGAGUUUGGAGAUGAAACGGGGGAGUUUGGAGAUGAAACGAGGGAGUCUGGAGAUGAAAGGAGUGAGCUGGGAGAUGAAAUGAGGGAGUUUCGGGAUGAAACUGGGGAGCUUGGAGAUGAAUCGAAGGAGUUUGGAGAUGAAACGAGGGAGUUUGGAGAUGAAACGAGGGAGUUUAGAGAUGAAAGGAGUGAACUGGGAGAUGAGAGGAGGGCGUUUGGAGAUGAAACGAGGGAGUUUCGGGAUGAAACCGGGGAGUUUGGAGAUGAAAGGGGGCUUGAUGGGGGUGAAGCUGGCUACGUGAAAAGCACAGGGGAGCAGUCAGGAGAGGCAGUGGAGCGGUUUGGAGAUGAAACGAGUCAGUCAGGAGAUGAAACGAGUCAGUUAGGAGAUGAAACGAGUCAGUUAGGAGAUGAAACGGGUGAGUUCGGAGAUGAAACGGGUGAGUUCGGAGAAACAGGGGAGUUAGGAGGAACAAGGGAAUACAGAGAGGAGCAAUUGGGAGAGGGUGAGAGAGAUGAGGGGAGUGGGAGUGAGGGAGAAAGGAGCGAGGAGGGGCAUUGGGCGGAAGGGGAUGAUGGUGUGGAUGGGGAGGAGGGUGGGUCUAGUGGGAGUGAGGGUGGUGUGGUGGCAGCUUUGAUGGUUGAGGAAGAUGAGGAGGGGGAGGAGGAGGAUGAGGAGGAUGAGGAGGAUGUUGAUCAGGAGGGGAAGAGGGAGGAUGAGAUGGAGCGGGAGGAGAGUGGAGGAGAAGAGACGGGAGGAGGGAGUACGAUGGGAGGAUGGGUGGAGAGUGCGGAGGGAGAGAGGGAUGGGGCGAGAGAAGCGGAGGACGAGUGGAUUGAGCAGAAUGGUGUGGGAUUAAAGGAGGGCGUGAUGGCAGGUGACGAGAUGGAGGACAGUGAGGAAGGGGGUAGUGAGGUGGAGGGUAGCGGAAUGGAAGGGGAGUUCUUGUCUGUGAGUCAACAUGGAAUGCACAUGAUGCAGGGGAUGCACGGGAUGCACAGCAUGCACAGCAUGCACGGGAUGCAUGGGAUGCAGGGGAUUGAAGACAGAGGCUUGGAGAAUGGCCCGGCCUCGCAGGUCGCCCUAGGCUUGGAACCCCAUGGAGGUUCGGAGGAUGACUCGGACCAAGCCUCGGAUAUGGGUAAGGGGAAUGGAGCAGCAGGGUGGGAUGAGGAUGAGGAUGGGGAUGACGUGGCAGAGGCUGAGGCGGUAGGGUCUGAUGUGGAGGGGCGAUCGGACGGCCAAUCAGAGGUUGCCAACGAGGCAUCUGGGAGGGAGGUUAAGCAGUGGGAAGGGAGUCAUGCUUCUGCUGGUGACUGGGAUCGUGGGGCGCCUGGCGAAACAGCAGGUGAAAUAGCAGGUGAGAUGUCAGGUGAGCUGUCAGGUGAGAUGUCAGGUGAAUUUGGGGGUUCAUGUGAAAACGGCGUUUCAGGAGGCCACAGAGCUUCAGGUGGUUAUGGAAUGUCAGGCGAGCCACUACCUGCAGCAUGUGGUGCUACAGCAGGGGAGAAGCCGCGUAUGCAGAAUCAUGACAUGCCGAAUCACAUGCCAAAUGUUUUUGGUACCAUGCCAGAUGGCACGCCACAUGACAUGCCGCAUGACAUGCGGGUGCAGGAUGCCAUGCACAAUGACAUGGAUGAUAAGGGCAUGGAUACUCUUAACAUCGAUCGGGUAGAUGAUGGCGUGGAUGCCGCCCCCAUUGCGGUUGCUCCUGGAAAGGCACUGCUGCAGUCACACCAUGCUCUACCCCCUUCGGACAGCGAGUCUGAGGGGUCUGGAGAGAUGCCAGUAGCAGCAGCAGCCAUAGGGCCAGAGGCGGCUGCAGGAGGGCAACACACUGUGCCGGCAGCAGCAGAACCUGAAGCAGCACCAGCAGCAGCAGCAAAACCAGAAGCAGCAGCACUGGUGGCAGCAGGAGUGGGAGGAGUGGGAGGGGCGGUGGCAAUAGCAGAACCAUCAGCAGCAGCACUGGUAGCAGCAGCAGUAGCAGACGGCAAGAAGAAGCAUCAGGAGGGCGGGGGGUGGGUGUCGUGGAUGGGAGGGGCUGUGGCGAGUCUUCUCAGCCCCCACAUACGUAAACCGUCUGCUGACGUCACCACGGCUGCUCAUGCCAUAGCACCGCAAGUAACCCCUCAGGCUACACCGGAAGUUACCAAAUCCGAUGUUACAAAACUCGAUGUGCCAAAACCCGACGUUACAAAACCCGAUGUUACCAACGGCGGUGUUACCGCUGUUCAAGAUAGAGGUGCUGAGUCUGCUGCAAGUAAUGAUGAUGCCUGGCUGCACGAGGCACCUCCUGCCAUGGCCUCAGAUACAUCACUAUCCACCACAUCCCCCGCUCAAGUGCUGCACACCCUCUCGACGCAACUCGUCCCUGCCAAACCUGGCGUUGCCGAACCUGCCUCUGCCGAACCUGUCUCUGCCAAGCCUUUGUUGUAUGAGUCUGCUGGAGAGGGGGCAGAGGGCGCAGAGGGAAUGGUACUGUUUCAGGUGGCUGGGAAAGCACCUGCGUCAGUUGGUGUGCAGUCUGGUGGCCUCCUGCCAGGUGAAUCGCCAGGUGGUGUAUUCGAAAUCAAGAUGCCGAAUGGGUAUGCGAAGAUGGGGGCGCCGGAGGGAAGUGCGGAGAGUGGAAGAAGCGAGAAUCUGGACGAAGGGGAGGAUCAAGAGUCCGAUUUGAUGAGUGGCCAUGGUGACAACGUGGGCUCGUUUGAGCUCAAGUCGGAUGAGCAUAGGGAGGCGGCUGACGGCACGGAUAUGGGCAUGGGGGAAGAGCAGGAGGAGGAGGAGGAGGAGGAGGAGGAGGAGGAGGAAGAGCAGGAGGAAGCGGAGCAGGAGGAGGAAGAUGCACCUUGCGCAAACUCCCUCUCUCAACCCUCCCACCCCUCCCACUUUCGCGCGGCUCCGUUACCCCCCUCUUUCCCGCCUGCCCUUGCCUCCCGCCUCCAGUCCUCCUCCUCCCCCUAUGUACGUGUGACCUCAUGGCAUGCGGAUGAUCCCCGCUCCUUGCCCCCAACCAUGGGCGGCACGGGGGGCAUGGGGGAAGAUGCAGGAGGGGUGGGGGGAGGGGCAGGAAGAAUGGGGGAAAUGGUGCAAAAUGGGGCGAUGGCUCAUGGCAAGGCACUUAGAAGUUUCAGCAACAGGGACUAUAACGGGGGGUUACAACAGGGCAAAGCACUUAGGAGCUUUAGCAACAGGGACUAUAACGGAGGGUUGCAGCAAGGGCAAGCACUUCGGAGCUUUAGCAACAGGGACUAUAAUGGGGGGUUGCAGCAAGGGCAAGCCCUUCGAAGUCUGAGCAACAGGGACUAUAACGGGGGGAUGCAGCAGGGGAAGGCACUUCGGAGUUUCAGCAACAGGGAUUACAACGGGGGUAGGAGAAACGGGGGAGAGGAAGAUGAGAGUGUGAGGGUAGUAAAGCAAGGGCUGGGAGGCAAGCUAUGGUCUGAUGAUGAGGAGGAGGAGGAAGAAGAAGAGGAGGAAGAGGAGAAGGGGGAGGAGGGAGGAUUUGAAGGUCACGGGAACUUGUUGCAUGCGAGAGGUGCACAUAUGGUAACCCUUGAAGGUCUUUUGAUGCUAAGGGCUCCGGCCCCUGCGCCUAGCGAUGCAGCAGCAGCUACUUCAGGUGGUGCAAUGGUCGCAGAUGACGUGUACAACAUGGGAGACGCUUAUAACGCGGAUGGGGCUUAUGUGGAUGGUCCGCCCAUGCAUGAGUUACCCAAGGAGGUGUUUUUGGACGGUCAGGUGCCGUGGAAACCACAGUCUACGUCAGAGGAGAGCGAGAGUGAGAGUGGGGUCAUGGACGCCUUUCCUGUCACUGCUGCUUCGACUGCUGCUGCUGCUGCCGCCGCUGCUGCUGCGGUUGGUUUUACUGGAGCUGCUUCAUCCACUGCUGCUGCUGCUGCAGGUGGGUUACCAAUCAGGGGGCAGGCGGAGAGAGAUGAUGACUCUCCAGAGGACGAGGCAGAGAGGCGGAGGAGAGAGCGGGAGCAGAAGCGGGAGCGGAAGGAGAGGCGGGAGAGGCGGGAGAGGCGGCGGCAGUCGACUCUAUCUGCUUUAAGUGGGCAUGAGAGUGAUGCAUCGGCCAUGGAGUGGAAGCAGGAGGAGGAGGAGCAGAGGGAAAAGGGGCAACCGGGGGUGCUGGUGCUAGGGCAGCAGGUGGUGCUGCUGAGGGGCACAGGAGCAGGGGAGGAUGCUUUCACGUCUGACGCUGGUCCAGAGGAAAUGGGAGGGCCGGGGAUGGGGUCUGGUGUUUUGGUGAUUGAAGCACGUGCUCUGGGUAAAAAGAAAGGGGACGAGGGGAGUAGGAAGAAGGAAGGGAGGAGUGGGAAGAAGACUGAGGAGGAGAGUGGGAAGAGUAAAGGAAAGAGCCGAGGGGAGGAGAAAGAGCGGACGAGUGUGCGUAAGAAGAAAGCGGAGGGGGAGGGGGGAGGGGUCGGGGUCGGGGAAGAGGGGAAGAAGAAGAAAAAGAAGAAGAAAAAGACGCGUGAGAAGGAGGCAGUAGGGGGGGAGGAAGUGAAGGAUAAGAAGAAACGAAAGAAGAAAAAGAAGAAAAAGGAAGGAGAGGAGGAAGGGGUUGAGGGCGAGAAGGAAGAUAAGAAAGUAAAGAAGAAGAAGAAGAAGAAGUCAAAAAAGAGCAGCAAAGGGGAGAAGGAAGGAGGGGAUAUUGUUGCUGAAGGUGAUAAGAAGAAGAAAAAGAAGAGCAAGGAAGGAAGGAACGAGGAGGGGGACGAAAGCAAGACUCGAAAGAAGAAGAAAGAGAAGGAUGAGAAGAAGCGAGGCAAGAGCAAAGGCAAGGAGAAGGGUGGAGAUGGGGAGAAGGGCGAGGAGGAGGGGAAGAAGAAGCGGAAGAAGAAGAAGGAACGAGAAAGGAAGAAGAGUAAAGAGGGCGUGGACGGAGUGAAGGAGGACGGAGCGGCUGACAAUGGCACUGGUGAUAGUGCAGCUCUUGAUUCGGCAGAAGGGGACGGAGAGGAGGGGCAGGGGGGGCUGAAGAAACUAGUUGAGGCCGGGAGGAAGAGAGACAAGAGAGGCAUGAGUGUGACCAUGGAUAGGGUGGCGAGAUGGGUGGAAGAGAGCAGGGCAGCGCAAAGCAGAGGAAAUGCGGACGGGGACUAUGAAAACGAGCAUGCAUAUGGCAGUGACAGUGACAAUGAUGGGGAGGAGGUGGAGGAGGAGGAUCACAUGCAGGUGCAGCAGCAGCAGCAGCAGGAGGAUGAGGAGGAAGAGGAGAGUGAUUCUAGAGAGGGGUGGAACAGAAUGGAAGGAGAGGCGGAGGAUGGGGAGGGGGAGGAGGAGGAAAUGGAGGAGGAUGAUGGCAUGGGAGAGAGUGAGAUGGGUGGUGAAAUGGAAGGGGAGGAGGAAGAAGAGGAGAUGAGAGAGCAGGAGAUGCGAGAGCGGGCGAAUAUGAGUGCUGAAGGAAGGCUCUGGGAGGAGGCAAUCAAGGAAGGAGAGGAGGAAGAGGAGGAGGAAGAGGAGGAGGAAGAGGAAGAGGGUGUAGAGGUUAUGGGGAGAGAGGAGGACGAGUGGGAAGAGGAUGGAAGGGAGGAACAGGAGGAGGAUGAAGGGAGGCGUGGAGGGGAUGUAUGGGAGGAGGGAGAGAGUGAGGAGGAGGCGGAGGAGGAAGAAGAGGAGGAGGAAGAGGAGGAAGAGGAGGAAGAGGAGGAAGAGGAGGACGUUAGCUUAGGUGAUGGUGAUGGUAACGAGGAGAGUGGCUUUGUUCCCCUGGCUAUGGCGAUGCCAAGUAUGGACCUGGACGGCUUACCGUACGUGCAUGAGGACGAGCAUGAGGAUACUGAGGAGGAAGAGGAGGAGGAGGAGGAGGGGGAGGAGGGGAAUAGCGUGGAGGGAAGUGAGGAGAACGAGGAUCCGUUUCAUCGCCAUCAUACCCAGUACCAGCAGCACAGCCAACACCAGCAGCACCAGCAGCACCAGCAGCACCAGCAGCAUCAGCUGCACCCGCUGCAACCGCUGCAUGCGCACCAUCCGAAGCAGCCGUCCAUGGUUCCCACCAAUGCUGCGAUGGCUGGGAGCGGGAGCGAGUGCAGCGAGGGUGGGCGAGAGGAGAGCUUUCACGAGGAGGAGGAGGAAGAAAGUCAAGCAGAUGGGCACAGUCAAGAGGAGGAGGAGGAGAGUGGAGAGAUGGAGGAGAGCCGAGAAGUGGAGAUCGAGCAACGGGAGGAGGAUCGUAGUGAGGAAGGGAACCUGCAAGAGCAGGGCGAUCACAGUGAGCAGGGCGAGAGCUCGUACGAGCAUGACGAGGAUCAGUAUGAGGAAGAGGAGGAGGGGGAGAGGAGCGAAGGCAGUGAGGGCAGGGAGCAAGAGAGUCAGGAGUAUGGCCGCAAGGAGGAGGGAUAUGGGCUCAGCCAGGAGCAGUAUGGGCAGAGCCAGGAAUACACUCAGAGCGGGGAUUACAACCGGAGUGAGGAGUACAAUCAUAAUCACGUGCAGCAGCACAGCCACAGCCACAGCCACAGCCAAGCGAGCAGUGGCUCUGACAAUGUGCCCUUGGCGCUUCCCCCUGACAUCCCUGCUCCCUCCCAUGCUGUCUCCCAUGCUCCCUCCCAUGCACCACCGUCCCCAUUCCCGGACACUCCCACGUCCAUUGACUCGUCCUCUAUUGCCCUCGCCAUGCCAGCCAAACCCGUGCCCCCCAACCGCCCUCCCCUCUGCACUAAUAACAGCAACGGCAGCAACGAAUCACUUGACCUUGCUGCUGCUGCAUCAGGUGCCGCAGCUGUUACAGCUGCUACAGCCGGUGGUGGUGGUGUUAUGGCAGUCUCUGUGUUGCCAGGUGGCAAGCUGCCGCCGCGCCAGGUGUCCAUGGUGGCAUCGGAGAGUGAGGGUGAUAUGAGUGCAGCAACGUCGUCUGAUGGUGACGUGGUGAUGGCAGCACCUAUGGCUACGAUGGAGGUUGUGGAAGGAGACGAGGAGGAUGAGGAGGAGGAGGAGGAGGAAGAUGAAGAUGAAGAGAUUGAUGAUGAUGGUAGUGACUUUGACAUGCGUUCCCACAGUGAGUCGGAAGUUGGUGCGGGACUGGCCACUGAUUCAGGCGCGUACAUGAAUGCGCAGCAGCAGGGUGGGCGCAGGAGCGAGGAGGACGAGAGGAGCGAUGCAGAGAGUGAUGCAGGAGAGGGAAGAGAAGGAGAGGAGGAGAGUGAGGAGGGAGAGGACAGGGAGAGUGAAUCUGCGGUGCUUCUGUCUCCUGCCACCACCGCCACAACCGCUACUAUGGCCACUGCUCUCUCCCCUAACGCCUCUGUCGCAUCCUUUGCUGCUGCGUCGUCAAUCAUGGGAGGGGCUGGUGGCAGGGGUAGUUUUGAUGCUGGUAGGGGUGCCAAUGAGGCUGCCAGAAGAGGGGUUCAGGGGAGGGGGGUGGGAGGGGGAGGGCCUGAGGGCAUGAUGAGGGGAUUGGCGGUUCGUCCCAGCUCUAAAGUGGCUGUGCAGCCAAUCAGAGAGGCGCAAUGGGAGGAGGAUGAGGAGGAAGAGGAAGAAGAGGAAGAGGAGGAGGAGGAGGAGGAGAGUGGAGAUGAUGAGUGUGCACCUGUUGCUGCUCUGGUGGAGGGUGGCACGACUGGCAAUGGAAGCAGGAUUGCGAGCAGGAGUGGAAGCAGGAACGGGAGCAGGAGUGGCAGCAGGAAUGGCAGCCGGAACGCCAGUCAUCAUCCCGCGGGUUUUAGAGACGGAUGGGGAGGGGAUUCGCUCGAUGGGAGCAUGGAGGAUGAAGAGGAGGACGAGGACGAGGACGAGGAAAGUGAUGAGGAUGCAGUGAGAGGCAAGUAUGCAAGAAAGGCAACGAGGGAGUAUGAAGCUCCUUUGGCCAUGCCUGUCACAGGAGGAGCAGGAGAGAAGGCCGCCAGGUCGAACCACCGGGCUGGCGGUGGUGGUGGUGGGGAUGGCGACAGCAGUGCAGCGGGAGGGGAUUUCAUGAGUGAAGCCGAUUCGGAGUUCGGGGUCCCGAUAGCCAUGCCUCUGGACGCAGAGGAGAAACGGAGAAUCAUCCGAGCAGCCUUACCCGUGCAUAGUGAGGAUGAGAGUGACUCAGAGGGGGAUGGGAGGGGGCGUGGGGGGGAGGGGGAUGACGAUAGCGAGGAGAAUGAUUACCAUGAGAGUGGGGACGAGGGGAUUGCGACGGGUGAUUUCACGAGUGAGUUUGCUCCUCCCAUAGCCAUGCCUCUGAUUCACGGCACUGCUGUCGGUGACGAUGAUGAUGACGGUGCGUACACAGAGGGAGACAGCGAGGAGGGUUCGGACAGCAAUUUCAGCAGCCAGGAAUUGGAAGACGAGGAGGACGAGGAGCAGGAGGAGGAGGAGGUGGGAGGAAGAGGAGUGAGAGCAGGCGGGAAAGGGAGAAGAAAGCCCCGCAGCAGGAAUAGCAGCCGGCGGCACUGCGAUUCCCUCAGCGAUGCAAAUAGUGAGCUGGGUGCGCCUAUAGCCAUGCCUGUUGCGUCUGACUACGAGAGCAGUCAGGGCGAGUGGGAUCAAGGGGACCUUAGCCGGAGACACAGCCAGAAUAGUACAGGGCUGGCGCAGCAUCCGUCUUCCUCCUCCCGCAUCCCUGUCGGCGGCAGCAGCAGGAAAACCGCCGGCUUGCCGCCUGCAGUCCCCCGGCCAAAAGGCACGGGGGGAGGAGGAGGAGCAGGGGGAGACGGGAGCCAGCUGCGGGCGCAGAAAGCCUUGCUGGAUGCUCAGAACCCGUUCCGAGGAGGGGGCGGGCCGCCAUCAGUUGCCUCGUCGCAGGAUUACACAGUGGUGCAUGGGAGCGGGAGGAGAGCGGUGGUGCCGCUGCGGUCGGCAACAGGGUCUGGGAGGAGUGCAAGUGGGCGGCAGUCUGAGGAUGAGGGGUCCAUGCAUGGAGGGAUGCUGUCAUCGCGGCAUGCCGGGCCUGCUAGAACCUCCAGCAUGCAAUCCGACAGCUCUCCUUCGCUCGACCACAACAACACGCAGCGAUCCAACCACUCGUCCGGACGAGGGGGCGCACGAGCAGACAGCAUCGACGGGGACGGGAAGAGGAGGAGAAGUGGGAGGGCGGCCAGUGGGGACAGCUGGGCAGAGCAGAAAGGCAGGGAGGGAGGAAGAGGCGCCAAGGGGGCGGAGGGGGGGGAGGAGGAUGAGGAGGAUUAUUCCGGGAAGGAUUUGGAGGAGCCAAAUGAGAAGCUGUGGGAGGAGGAUGGGGGACUGCGGCGGAUAGAGAUGGACGAAUCGAAGCGGCUCAGGGCUGUUUCUGCUGGCUCGUGCUUCCUGCAGUGCAUGUUCAAGCGGCCUGCCACCAAGGACUGAGAAAGGCCGAGGGGAGCGUGAGCCGGGUCCUUCGUCGACUUACCGUAAAAUUCACCCUAACAGGUCUGCGUCCUGCAGUGCAUGUUCAAGCGGCAUGCCACCAAUAACUGAGAACGUUGUUGGCAUAAAGGCCAUGACCGAUUUUCAGUCGGCUCAAAAGCCAAUCUUACGGUAGGUCGACUGAACAGCCACCCUAACAGAUGUACUUCCUGCGUGUUGGAAAUACCUUGAAGGACUUAAGCGUUUCUGAAGUGUAACACUACACUCGAGGAAGAUUGCAACGGGUACGCGAGUCAACGGAGGUUACACGGGGGGUUGGACAAAGAACGCAAAGGGACUCGAAGGGUCGCAACUGGAGGUUGCGACUGACCGUUACAACUGCACGAAUGGUAACCGAAGCGACAAUCGAGUCGCUGUGCGACUCGAUAACCGCUCCUGCAACUGUAUUCU